UCCUCUGCAGUUAUGAUACGCAUACGCUAGCUCUAUUUUCUUUCCCGUUUCUGUUUUUCCGCUCAGGCUCUGGCACGCCUCAGCUCUUCAGAAAUCCCAAUUCCACGCUCACAAAUCUUUCUAAUCAUGAAAAUCAAUUAAUCAGAGAGCAAAGAAAAGCAUGAGUGGAAACGAGUUUCGAUUCUUCUUGUCCUGCGACAUCAAUCUUCCGGUGACCUUUCGCGUCGAGAGAUUAGAAGGAUUGUUGCCUUCUACCAAAUCUCCCAAUUCAGUAAUUGAUCCCGCAACAGAGGAGAGAAGAUCAGAGCUCUACGUGGAGUGUGCAUUGUAUAUUGAUGGUGCUCCAUUUGGCCUUCCCGUAAGAACAAGGUUGGAGUCUGCUGGACCAUCCUAUUGCUGGAAUGAGCUGAUUACACUUAGUACUAAAUAUCGAGAUUUAACUGCACACUCGCAGCUUGCUGUAACAGUUUGGGAUGUUUCACGGGGGAAAGAUGAGGGAUUAAUUGGUGGGGCUACUCUUCUUCUUUUCAACAGUAAAAUGCAACUCAAAACAGGCAAGCAAAAACUUAGGCUUUGGCCAGGAAAAGAAGCUGAUGGAUCAUUUCCGACAAAUACUCCUGGAAAGGUACCCAGGCAUGAGCGUGGGGAGUUGGAGCGUCUAGAAAAGCUUGUGAACAAAUAUGAGAGGGGACAGAUUCAGGCCAUUGAUUGGCUUGACCGUCUAACGUUCAAAGCUAUGGACAAAACCAAGGAACGUGAGAGCUGUAGAAAUGGAAGUUCUCAUUUAUACUUGGUCAUUGAUUUCUGCAGUUUUGAACAUCGAGUUGUUUUUCAGGAGUCAGGAGCAAAUUUCUUAUUACCAUCUCCUAUAGCUUCAACAAAUGAACUUGUUAUUGUGUGGGACCCAGAACUGGGAAAGAUAAAUCCCUCUGAGCACAAGCAGCUAAAGUUAGCUAGGAGUCUAACCCGUGGUACCAUUGACAGGGAUCUGAAGCCAAGCUCCAAUGAACGAAAGUCAAUACAAAGAAUUCUAAAAUACCCGCCGACAAGGACUUUGAAUGGAGAUGAGAGACAGCUCCUUUGGAAAUUCCGUUUCUCCUUGAUGUCUGAGAAGAGGGCACUCACAAAAUUUUUGCGAUGUGUUGAAUGGAGUGAUGUUCAGGAAGCAAAACAAGCAUUAGAAAUGAUGGGUAGAUGGGAAAUGAUUGAUGUCUGUGAUGCAUUGGAGCUUCUGUCACCGGUUUUUGAAAGAGAAGAGGUUCGUGCAUAUGCUGUCAGUGUUCUGGAAAGAGCGGAUGAUGAAGAGCUCCAGUGUUACUUGCUUGAACUAGUUCAAGCUCUUCGGUUUGAGCGCUCUGAUAAAUCUCGCCUUUCUCAAUUCCUUGUCCAACGCUCAUUGAACAACAUCGAGUUGGCAAGCUUUCUCCGUUGGUAUGUCGCUGUGGAACUUUAUGAUCCUGCAUAUGCCAAACGUUUUUAUUGUACUUACGAGAUCCUGGAAGAGAAUAUGAUGAAGUUGGCUGGCGAUCCAAAUGGAGAAGAAGAUGGAUUCAAGUUGUGGCAGAGUUUGGUACGUCAAACAGAAUUGACGGCCCAGUUGUGUUCUAUAACGAGAGAUGUAAGAAAUGUGCGAGGAAAUACCCAAAAAAAAAUUGAAAAGCUUAGACAACUUCUCUCUGGUCUUCUUAGUGAACUUACCUAUUUUGAAGAGCCAAUUCGAUCACCACUUGCUCCUGGCGUCCUCAUCACUGGGAUUGUACCAUCAGAGUCGUCAAUAUUUAAAAGCGCACUGCAUCCACUGCGUCUGACUUUCCGAACACAAUGUGGUGGAACUUGCAAAAUCAUAUUUAAGAAGGGGGAUGAUAUUCGGCAAGACCAAUUGGUUGUUCAAAUGGUAUCUCUAAUGGACCGACUACUUAAACUCGAAAAUCUUGAUCUGCACUUAACUCCAUAUAAGGUGCUUGCUACUGGACAAGAUGAAGGCAUGCUCGAAUUCAUACCAUCCCGAUCAUUAGCUCAGAUUCUCUCGGAGCAUCGGAGCAUUAUAAGCUAUUUGCAGAAGUUUCAUCCUGAUGACCAUGGACCAUUUGGGAUUACAGCCACCUGUCUUGAAACAUUUAUUAAAAGCUGCGCUGGCUACUCUGUCAUCACAUACAUAUUGGGCAUUGGAGACCGGCACCUUGACAACCUUCUCCUUAGGGAUGAUGGGCGUCUUUUCCACGUCGAUUUUGGUUUUAUUCUUGGACGGGAUCCUAAACCAUUUCCUCCACCAAUGAAGCUCUGUAAGGAAAUGGUUGAGGCUAUGGGUGGCGCAGAAAGCCAAUAUUAUACCAGGUUCAAAUCAUAUUGUUGUGAAGCAUACAACAUCCUCCGAAAAUCUAGCAACCUAAUCUUGAAUCUUUUUCAUCUAAUCGCGGGUUCCAAUAUCCCAGACAUAGCUUCUGAUCCUGAAAAGAGCAUUCUUAAGCUUCAAGAGAAGUUUCGGUUGGAUCUGGAUGAUGAGGCUGCCAUUCACUUUUUCCAGGAUCUUAUUAAUGAGAGUGUUAGUGCAUUGUUUCCACAAAUGGUUGAGACCAUUCAUCGGUGGGCGCAGUACUGGCGCUAACCCCAGAAGUAAAAUAGGUUUCAAUCAUCCAUGCUUUUGUAAAUAGCUAUGUAAGAUUUAGAUGUUUUUAUUUAUGGUCCUAAAAGUAGUGUUGCUAAGAAUCACUAAUAAUUUUUUCAUAUUUAAUUUAGCUUAAUUUCAACUUCUCAUUUAGAAGAUUCAA